CUUCCAUGAGGCAUUGCGAGGGGAAGCACGUGAGUCUACAGGAAGUAGCGUGCCGCGCGCGCUUGUGUUACGUCUGUCUGACUGCUGUGUGCUGAAAUGGCGGCCGUCAAUGAUAUGGAGAAGAAACUGGCAGAAUACAAAUGUGAUACCAAUGAAGCAAUCAGCUUGAAGCUUGUGCGCUUUCCUGAAGAUGUGGAGGAUGAUGGUAUAACCUUCCACCCAGAAUACAGCCACCAGUGUUUUGGAGAUGAUGAAAUAGCAUUUGGAUACAAAGGCCUUCACAUACAGCUAUACUACAGUGCAGGAAAUCUAACAACACUAUUCAAUGUCAAAUAUUCAUCAAAAGUAACUGAUAAAUUUGACUGUGUCGAGCCUGAUGAUAUUGAAGGUAAAAUUCGAGAUAUAAUCCCAGCAGGUUUUUGCUGCAAUACCGAUGACUUUAUUACUUUAUUGGAAAAAGAGUCAAAAUUUAAACCUUUUGGAGCAUUGUUACACACAUACUCUGUCCAUAAUGAGGAGGCUGGGGAAGACAUUACCUACCAGAUCCACAAGGCUGAUGUGUCCUGUCCUGGCUUUCGAGAGUACCAUGAAAGGCUGCAGACCUUCUUGAUGUGGUUCAUUGAGACAGCAAGCUUCAUCGAUGUGGAUGAUGAAAAAUGGGACUACUUUCUUAUAUUUGAGAAAUAUAAUAAGGAUGGAGAGACACUCUUCGCAACUGUUGGCUACAUGACAGUCUAUAAUUACUACGUAUUCCCAGACAAAACCCGGCCGCGUGUAAGCCAAAUGAUAAUUCUCCCCCCAUUUCAAGGAGAAGGUCAUGGAGCACAACUGCUUGAAACUGUUCACAGAUAUUACAUGACAGACCCCAAAGUUAUGGAUAUUACUGCUGAAGAUCCAUCUGAAAACUAUGUCAGACUAAGGGAUUUUGUGCUUGUAAAAUUCUGCCAGUCUUUGCCAAGCUUUUCACCAGCUAAUUUAGUCCACGGAUUUAGCAAGGAAAUGGUUACGGAGUCCCAGGAAAAGUUAAAGAUAAAUAAGAAACAUGCUAGAAGAGUUUACGAGAUUUUGCGCCUACGUGCAACCGACAUGAGUGAUGCUGAUCAUGCUAGAGCAUACAGACUGGAAAUUAAAAAGCGGCUUGUUGGCCCUUACAAGAAAAACCAGAGGGAACUUGCCAAGAUGACAAGGUGUCUCAGACCUGAGGAGAUGAGCAAUCAAAUAAAUAUAAUUAAUCUUCAAGUACAACAUGAAGAGCUGGAGAAGAGUUACCAGGAGCUUCUUGCAGACUACAAACGAGUAAUUGAGCGCCUUGCUCAGGCUUGACUUUUACCUUCCCAUCUACGUUAAUCCAGAUGUUUCCUUCUGUUUUUUCUUUUAUACAUGUCAUACAUUCAGAAUGGACUACCACUUAAUGGCAGUGUUUUUCUGCUUUACAUUGGUUCUGUUUGUGUAUCUGAUCAGUAAAUUAAUUUACUAGUUUGUGGCCUAAGGUAAUGAAAAACAUCCUUAUACUUCUGUUCUCGCCUCAUAAACGGACUACCUUUGAACCUAAUACCGAUGAGUCUCUGCAUAGAUUUCAAAUCGUUGUAUUUGUCACUGCUUUGUUGAAAUGAUUUGUAGCACUCAACAUAAAAGUGAGUUUUAUAUACAGUAUAAUAUGACAUCUAUAUUGCUCCUCUGCUGUCUCUAUUCAUGUUGCAAAUGUAAUAUGACACACAAGGCUGUUCUUAAGAUUUCCAUUUAUUUCAGAUUUUAAUACUUGGGUUUAUGUGACUUCCUUUGUAUUUUUCAUCACAUUUUAAUUUUGCACUGGUUGAAUAUUACCUGUUUUGCCAUCUCUUUCAAAUAUACUGAGAAAUGGACAACAUUCAGCCCUCUAAGAUUGUGUCAGAGUUGAGCUUUGGUACAGUCUUUUAAAUUGCUGCAGACGAUAAUUAAGCAUAUUUUUUUCUCCUUCAGGCUCAAACUCAUUAAGUUGCAGCACAUCAUUUGUCCCCUCCUUGUACUUCAGCUCAGCUUGUUUCAUUAGCUGCUCAUUCUUUCUCUCUGUGCUCUUUAGCUUUUUAGAGCUUGGAUCACCAGAAUAUAGGGUGGCACUUGUUGUUAAUUGCAGUCACGUUCCUUUCAACCAGGAACCAGGCUGAAACAGUAAGCAUUGAUGUCACAUAGAUAACAGAAAAGCAGUCAAACAGAAAAGUGGAAUGGAUUUGAUCCAAGUUUGCAGAGGUGAAAGGACAUUGCUCUUUAUCAGAUGCAGAAUUAACUGCAUCACUGAAUCAAGUUAGAGUUGUUUUUUAAUUAGAAGAAUAAAAUAAAACCAUUGUCUAUUGCAAAGUUUCACACCUACACAUUUUUUUAAACAUUUUACUUCUGAACUAAAUAUUGUAGGAAAAUUGAAAAGAUUUUUGUCAAUUUUUGUGUGUAUCAUCAAGUUAUGUGGCAUUCACUGAAACAUCAAUAUUUAAGAGCUUAUGAAAUAAAAGGAAAAUGUCUAGAAGAUGAAAUUGUUGCACAUCUGUAAUGGUGUGUUGUAAACAAAUGGAACUGCUGUCCGUCAUCACAAAUUAAAAGCAUUUUUUGUCUA